AUGCUACAUGCUCCAGAUAGCACAGAGGGGGUUGUUGAUGUAGUUGCUGUCCACGGACUGAGCCCUCAGGCAUCGUCUUGGUUGUCACUGUCGCUGCCUCGCCACCUGCCUGAGGCCAGGAUUUUCAGCUACGGUUACGACUUCGAACUCAGAGACAUUGAUCUUGUCAACAAAAAGGCGCGUCAUCUUCUUGAGGCCAUUUCGCAAGCGCGAAGUGCCGACAAUACCUCUGACCGUCCGGUGGUCUUUAUUGCUCACAGUCUGGGAGGUCUCGUUGUUAAGCAGGCAUUGAUCUGCUCACAAGCACUUUCAGACGAUCCGGUUUUCCCCAAGUGGCAGGCGCGCAACCUCACUCGGCAUACCAGAGGCAUAGUCUUCGUUGGAACUCCUCAUUGUGUCAACGGCCGCACUGACCGAGCCAUCUGGAAAUUCCUCCAGCUCUGCGACAGCAGCGCCGCCAUGGAUACUCUCAAAAAAAGGCUUCACGAAAUUCUACCACCGCUUCAGUUGAUCACUGCAAAGUUCAAGGACUUCAUUAGCGCGGAACCAAGACAAAUCAAGUUGAUCUCUUUCUUUGAGGAACCGACCACUCUUGAGCCGGACGAUAACAUGCCAGGUCUCUUCGAUCCCAGCAUGGCUCACAUUGUCAUGAAGGAAGACAGUGUCCUUGAAGGUUUCGACAGCGUUCCGAUACGUGGAGAUCACCUGGUACAUAAUGCUGAGGCGCUCUUUCAGCUUGAAGACGGCCGCCAACGCAUUGCUUCUCCAGCAAACGGUACUUUCUCUUGGUUUUGCAAGAAUUCGGUCUUCGAAAGAUGGGCACAAAACGGUCAUAGAGGCAUUCUCUGGAUCAAUGGGAAAUUAGGAUCUGGAAAGUCGACACUGAUGAAAUACAUCCUGGACCAUGGAAACUACCCGGUCGCCGCUAAAAUCUCAGUACUCACACUUUCUUACUUCUUUGACCCCUUCAGAGGCGACACCAAACCAUCUGCUUCUGACUUCUAUCGAGCUUUGUUGCAUCAACUUUGGAAGCAAGCCAGACAUCUUCCGUGUGAGCACGACAUUCUGGAUUCAACCGAGUUGCAUUUCACCAGCCAGUUACGAGGAAAUUGGAUGAAUAAACCCUCCGUGCUGGCUGAACAGCUCAACCGUCUUUUAUUCGACAUCAGCGAGCACCAUCCAAUCUAUAUCUUCAUUGAUGCGUUGGAUGAGUGUGCAACAGAUGAAGUCGUGAGUAUUCUUGAGUUCUUACGCCAAGCUCUGGUUAGAGCACCUCCAAGUCACCUUCGCAUCUGCGUCUCCUCCAGAGACACGCUCUGGUUUGUCGGAGAAGAUGUGAGGGUUUUCGUUGACCAAGAGAACAAAGAGGACAUUGUCAGUUUCACCGAGACUCAAAUCAAGAUCAGAGCUGCAAAAUAUGGCGAUUCACUUUUGCCUUUCAAGGACGAAUUUCUCAACAUCAUCCUCGAGAAAGCUGCCGGGAUCUUUCUAUGGGUUCCUCUGGCUCUUCACAUCGUCUACAACGAAACUACGGACAGUGCAGACACCAUACGUGUCCUCAGAAGUUUACCUACUGACCUAACGAAGGUGUACCAGAGAAUCCUUGGAAAUAUACUUGAAGAAAAGCCCCAAAUUCAGCUCCAGAUAUCUCAGAUACUAUCUUGGGUGCUUUUCGCAAGUCGACCUCUCACGGUCCAAGAGCUUGCUGCAGCGCUUUCAUUUGUUAAUAUUGAUCGUUCACAACUCCACGCAAUCCAAGAACGAUCACUUGACGCAGAAUACGUCUACUUCAAUGCCAUCCCAAGCCUGGCCAGCACCUUGAUUGACCGUACUUGGGGACUUGUCAAAAUUGUGUACAGCAAAUACGACUACAUCUCCGAAACCUGGUCAACAAAAAACCAUUCAAUGGUUCAUUUGCUCCAUUCGAGCGUGAAAGACUUUCUGACCACAUCUAGUUUUCUCACUAAGCACUCAGGUCAGAAGACAGUCGUGGAAGCUGCAGCCGCUCAAAACUUGGAUAUUGCUCGCGUGUGUCUUGAAUACUGUGCCUGGUCUACGGAGGCUUUCGAACACGGCGACGUUGACGAACAAAAUUUGGACGCUACCCUCUCAUUCUUGGACUAUUCUUCAACAUUCUGGCUCAAACACCUACAGAUUGCGAACAUGGGUGCAACUUCAGAAGAACUCUGGGCUCAAAAAUUUCCCCUUCCUUCGAAGAAACUGCUUCUUUCUUGGACUCCAGCAUUGGUAUUGGUAGGGAAAGAGGCGCGGUUCUACCAGUCAUCGUCUGUCUUACAUGUUGCUUCUUACUACAACUUGUCGUGGUGGGUUCGCACAUGGGCACACCAGGAAAUAAUGUUGAAAAGUCGUCGAUCCAAGCAAAGAAACCAAGAGUACCCAAAAGAGGGAGCAUUACCGCGCAUUGACUCUAUCACAGAGCCCUCAGAUCUGAAACAACUGCUUGAUCAGACGGACGCAGAAGGAAGAACACCAUUGUUGCUUGCAUGCGAAACCGGCAGCCUGGAGAUUUGCAAACUCCUGAUCCAUUACGGUGCAGAUUUGAAUUCUGUCGACCCAAAAUACAAAUAUUCGCCGUUAAUGUGGGCAGUUGCAGCUGGCGAUGAGCCGACAACAAGACUGCUCCUCGAUGCAGGCGCUGAUGUGAAUGACCAUCGUAGUGGGACAAGUCCACUCUGUCUAGCCGCCACAACUGGAAACCUAGCAGUUGUCCGGAUUCUACUGGAGUAUGGUGCCAACGUUAGGUAUGAGUGUCCAGCAAUUCAAGAGCAUUCAGCUCCAAUCCGGUCUCGAGAUGGAAGAGAUGUCGAUUCUAAGCUUCCCAUUCCGGGAAGAUUGAUGCCGUUCGCUGGCCAUUUCAAUCUCAGCCCAUUACACUAUGCUAUACUGGCGGCCGAUCUUUCCACGACGCGUUUGCUGCUCAUGAAAGGUGCAGAAGCGGUGUUUGGUGGAGCAGAUGGUUUAUCUCAACAUCGAUCCUUGUGGCUUGACCGUAUAAUAUUAAGUAUGCGUCAAGACGCACUAUUGGUGGACUGUACAACAUCUCAGCCAUGUCCCGAACCCAACGGCGGAGGAAGCAAUUCAGCCAGACGGAAAAGCUCACACCCGGCUCGGGACUCUCAUGCAGACAGUCCUGUGAAGAGAAGGCAGGUCCCCGACGGGUUUCCGAACGACAACGACAACGACGAUGAUGAUGACGACGACGAUCUUGGGCGUCGUCCACCGCGCAAAAGACCGAAUCUCUCCUCUCGGGAUGACACACCAGCGAACAAGAAGCCGCUGCUUACAUAUGCUUGCCCUUACUUCAAAUACGCUCCACAUCGCUAUGGAUGCCAAAGGGCGUGUAGCGCUCAUGGCUGGCCAAACAUGAAUCGUCUCAAGCAGCACCUACAUCAAAAACACUAUAUCCACCUUUGCGACAGAUGUGGCACAAAAUUUGAGCACAACGAGCAGAAGCAAGAGCACCGCAUAUCUCAAGAAGGAUGCCCCUAUGUACCUACCGAGCAGCGGCAGCGAGAUUUUGCCGAUGGGUUUGACGACCAUCAACAAACGAAACUCCGUGAUAAAACAAUGAAGAAAAAUCAGGCCAACAACAACGAGAAGACGUAUUGGGAGGAAGUUUACAAAACCUGUUUUCCCGAUGCCAUUGAUUCAGAAAUUCCUUCGCCAUAUUUCGAAGAAGCUGCGGACGCACGUUACAAUAUGUUCUUGACGGACAGACUGCGACGCUCUCCAUCAGCACUGAGCUUGAUAACGGGGCACGUCGGCCGAGAAGUGGCGGCACAAGUGCUCAACGAGAUCGCGGAUUAUGUCACAGAAGUUCAUACCCAGUUCCAAACGGCCGGCGGGUCGGGAAUUCAGUUGCAGCAAGGAGCCUUCCUUGAAAUCGAAAACGCACCUCGUCCACCUCCAAUCCUGCCUUCACAACCAGCUCAAUAUCAAGCAAGUCCUGGGUUCCACACCAUUCUUCCUGGUAUUCCCGUUGAUAUGAACUUUGCGGAUGACUCCGGUGUCUACUCGCAAGAUCAGGAGUGGUAUACAUUGGGACCGGUCCCAGAAAAGCAGCCGGAUGCCCGGAUGCCACUACUGGAUCCAACAGAAGUACCCUUACCACAAUUUUCGAACACAGGUCAGUCGCCCUGGUCAUACGACGGCUUGCAAACAUCUACACUCCAGUUAGGCUUUGGCAAUAGAGAUACUAUCAGAUACUCUCAUGGCCUCAAUUCCCCGAGAGUCAACGAAGGUGGUGCUCAUGGUCUCUACAGCAUGAGCUAUCAGUACCGUCAAUCAUAUCAGCAAGCAGCAAUAAACAACACCCAUAACUUGAAUGACCAACCAUAUCAACGAGCAGCAAGAAACAAUAUUCAGAACCCAACACACCAACAGCGACAUCCACCUCCAUCUUAA